GAUGUCUUGAUGCAAGUUUAGCGUCAUUUUUGCCUUCACAUUUGAAAAAAAAAUAAACAUGGAAGGAGUUCCAACAUUGCAGCAGUUUUCAACCUUCACCCUUAUUGAAGGCAUAAUCAGUGAAAAAUCUCCAUGUCCAUCCAUGAACCUGCAAUGGCAGAAUUUGAUCAGAAGACUGGACCAAGGCUCAUGGGGAGAGUCAAGUCAGUGUCUACUUGACAGAAUAAUCGAUCUUUACAGCCACAAAGUAACAUCAAUGUAAGAAUCCAAUUAAUUUAUUACAAAAAAAGUAGUAGGUAAAGAUAACAUAAGUAGGUGACAUAAUCACGAAGUAGAGACUCUACUUGAGGGCGUCUGUGGCCAUCCCAGGGUGGUAAUGGGUGUUUUAGGUAUGUGAAAAUGUAUCCAUCCCUGCAUAUAGAAAGUUUGGCUGCAGGUUAUUUGAGAGCAGCACCACAAACUGACCAGGUAUUGUGAGGGCAGCACCACCAGCCGACGAGGUGAUAUGAGAGCAGCACCACCAGCCGAUCAGGUGAUGUGAGAGCAGCACCACCAGCCGACCAGGUGAUGUGAGAGCAGCACCACCAGCCGACCAGGUGGUGUGAGAGCAGCACCACCAGCCGACCAUGUGAAGUGAGAGCAGCACCACCAGCAAUCCAGGUAUUGUGAGAACAGCGCCACCAGCCGACCAGGUAUUGUAAGAGCAGCGCCAUCAGCCGACCAGAUGAUGUGAGAGCAGCACCACCAGCCGACCAUGUGAAGUGAGAGCAGCGCCACCAGCCGACCAGGUGACGUGAGAGCAGCGGCACCAGCCGACCAGGUGACGUGAGAGCAGCACCACCAGCCGACCAGGUGAUUUGAGAGCAGCACCACCAGCGAGCCAAGUGACGUGAGAGCAUCGCCACCAGCCAACUUGGUGUUCCUUAAUUGCAUCCGUCUCACUUGCCUAGUCUAUUGGGUGGUGGGUGGGUGGGGCUGUCUCAUGGGCUCAAUUCAACCCCGACGUUUCACUUUAAGGCCAAACUGGAAUAAAGAAUUUUUGGGGACUGUGAUGAAGGCCUGUUGGAAGGGGGGAGUUCGUUGGGGAUGCUUGAAUGAGUUCUUACUCGAUAACUUGCUUUUUUCCCUUUAAGAUAGGUAGUCAGCAGCUCAAGCAGGACGGCUUAAUAUGACUUAUAGGUAAAUGUUUAUUUAUUUAUUUUUUUUAACAGAAUCCUUGAAGCGCUUUUACCCGCAAACUGUAAAAUACUGAAUCUGAAAAAAUGUCACCAUGUGACCGAAGAGUGUAUCAACAGAAUGGUGAAAAGGUUAGACAUGUUUUAAGUGAGCGAAUCUAAACGUGAUCCGGUGACCUGGUUGUAAUCGCCACUGCGUCGUAUUUUAAACGCGUUGGCUAGGGAUGAACUAAGGGGGGAAGAAACAACAACAACAGUUUAAGACUCAAGUCAGCUGGUCACCACUUGUCAUGAUUGUUGUGUUCCCCUUCAUUGGUUCAUUCUAAUCUUCUCCGCCCCGACCCUGUUACAACCACUCGCACUGUCCUCACUUUUUCUAGCUUUCGUCCCCUAAUUCCUACGUAAACUCUAAUGCUACCACCAGGAAGUAGGAGAAGAAGGUAUGCGGAAGCUAAAUUUAUAAAUACAGGGCAAUACCAAGAGAAACUUUUGGGUAAAUACCUUGUUGAGCAAGACUUAAAAAAAGAAAAGAAACACUAAGGAAUAGAAAAAUACUUCAACAUCUUAAGAGUUCACCAUAAACGCUAUGUUACUAUUGUAAGUUGGGUUUUCCAAAAAACAAAAAACAAAAAAAACAAACAAAACAAACCAAUCACAUACCAAAUGAGUAUGGCAUUCGGCUUGCUGCCUGCUCGGAUACUGAAUUGCCUCUAAGUCUUUAUUUUUAUUUAUUUAUUGUUUUCAUUUUGUUUGUUCAUCGAGGAAGACUUCUUUCCGACAAAUUCGUUUAAACUUUAACAAUUAUUUUUUUCCUAUUUACAGAUUUUCUCAAUAUUUCUUCACUUUUUUUACCAUUACUUGAAAAAAAAAUCUUUUUGACUUCAGAUUAAAUCUAUAUUUCAUGAAUUAAUUAUAUCUAUUUCUUUAAUUUACUUUUUUUUUGCGUAGAAAUUGUAUAAUUGUACUGAGAUUUUGUUAAUUGCAUAUUUUAUUUUCAGAUCUGGCGAUCUCAAGAUCUUGAAUCUCAGCAAAAUGGCCAACUUGAAAGUAAAUCAAUUGGAUUUAUUUUCAUUUCAAUCUGAUAUGAUUAACUUAAAACUCACUACAGUGAUCCUAGAAGGCUGCCAAGAAGUCAGCGAUGGUAACAUAAAGGUAUUCUUUAAAAAAAAAUUUCAUCACCAAAAUUAUCUCUUUUUUUUAGUUACAAUAAUGUAGGAAAGUAAUAUUGUUUCGUUAAAUGUAAAUAUCUUUUCCAGGGUUACUAAAGGUAUUUUUUUCGUCUUUCAUUUGUAGGCUUAUUUAACAUGUUCAAUAAUAGCAAUAAUUAUUUCGAAAAGUGACUGCUUCACUCCUCUUCACGCAAAAAAAACCACCUCCAUUCAUCAAGAAAAAUGAGAAGGUCUUAAAUUUUAAAUACAAUUUUAAAAAAAAUUAUUUUCAAGGGCUGAUCAAUUUUAAACAUAUUUUCCAAGUGUUAAUAUAAUUAGUAAAACAUAUUAGUUCUAAACAUAUUUUCAGGCUUUGCUGGCUAAUGCUCCUUUGUUGGUUUCACUGAAUGUCGCGAACUGUAACAUUUCAGACAAUGCCUUCUUUUUGAAUGGGGUGAGCAAACUAAAAAGAGUAAUUAGUUUUAAAUUAACUAAAUUAUUAUUUAUUUUCUUACAAAUUUGAAUAUUUCCAUAACCAAUCAAAUAAAUGAUAAAUCAAAUAAUUUUCAAUAUUCUAAUCACAAACAAAACGCAAAACCACACCGUUUGUUUGUGAAGCGAGUGCUAGACGGUAGUGCCAUGUCAUGUUGUCUGAUGAAAUCCGACUUCUAAUGACAUGUCGUGUUCUCUGAUGACAACCCACUUAUAAUGCCAUGUCAUGUUGUCUGAUGACAUACCUUUUCUUAUUAAAUUUCAUGUUGGCUGAUGACCUCCCACUUAUAAUGCCAUGUCAUGUUGGCUGAUGACGACCCACUUAUAAAUCCACGUCAUGUUUUCUGAUGACACAUCACUUAUAAUUCCAUGUCAUUGUGUCCGAUGACAUCCCACUUCUAAUGCUAUCUUAUAUGUUGUCCGAUGGCAUCCCACUUCUAAAUCCAUGUCCUGUCGGCUGAUGCCAUCCCACUUCUAACGCUAUGUCAUGUUGUCUGAUGAGAUCUCACUUACAAUGUCAUGCCAUUUCGGCUGGUGACGUCCCACUUACAAUGCCAUGUCGUGUUUGCUGAUGACGUCCCACUGCAUUAGUUCAGACUAAAGCUCUACCCAUUUGACCAAAACAUGUCACACCUUGUGUGUAUUUGACACCAACACAAAGUAGUCAUUAGGCAGAUACAACCACCAGACAAUAAAGCAGCUUGUAACUUCCUAACUUAUCUGCACACCCACUCGUAUCAGGUUGUUUUUUUGUUUUUUUGAACACACAACAUUAAGAAAGAUAUUAAUUGAAGAAUGUGUAUUACUGUUUCAUUAUAAUUUUCAGGGAUACAAUUUCGUUCUCCCCAGAUCCCGAAUUUCGUCGAAGAGGUUCAAAUCAAACUGCAGUACGUCAACGUGAGUGGCUGCGUAGCAUUUUCCAGCCAAGGAGUCCAUCACUUAUGUUCAUUAUGUGGACAGACUCUGCAGUCCAUAAAUCUCAUAAUGACAAAUGUA